AUGGAGGAGUUGAAUAAAAAAUUUACGCAUCUUCAAGGACUACCGAUAGGCACCUAUUACCAUGCCGUUCCCCGCAUACUAAUUGGGCUUGAUCACGCUAGCCUCGGAUACGCCCUUAAGGGACGAGAAGGUGCCAUAAAUGAACCAGUAGCCGUUAAGACAAGGUUAGGGUGGACAGUUUACGGAAGCAGCAACCAAAAUCCCUCGACGUAUCAAUUCGUUAAUCACCACUCAACUCGAGUUCGUCAAUGUGAUUGUAAGACAGACGAAGACCUCCAUAAUUCUAUGAAGGAGUACUUCUCCUUGGAUAGUAUGGGAGUGGUGAAACCUGCCACAUGUUUGUUACCAUCAGCAGAACGAAGGGCUCAAGACAUCCUGAAUAAAACAACGCGACGUAUAGAUGGACAAUACGAAGUGGGGUUAUUGUGGAAAUACGAUAACGUAAGACUCCCGGACAGUCAGGCGAUGGCUAUGAGACGGUGGAAAUGUUUGCAACAACGUCUCACGAAAGAUGAGGAGCUGGCAUCCGUGCUAGAUGAAAAAUUUCAAGACUAUCUACAAAAACAAUACAUUAGAAAGCUAUCACCCGAAGAGCUUAGCGCGCAUCGGCCCCGAUCGUGGUAUUUACCGAUCUUCCCCGUGAUGAAUCCCAACAAACCAAAUAAAGUUCGCCUCGUGUGGGACGCGGCUGCAAAGGCUCACGGAGUCUCCCUGAACUCAGUAUUAUUAACCGGACCGGAUCUACUGACACCUCUUUUUACGGUUCUGAACAAGUUUCGCGAAUUUCGAGUUGGCAUUACCGGUGACAUACGUGAGAUGUAUCACCAAGUUCUAAUUCGCGAUGUAGACCAGCACUGUCAGCGUUUCUUGUGGCGGGCCGAUAAGAAAGAUAUCGAACCGAGUGUGUUUGUCUUGCGAGUCAUGACAUUCGGCGCAUGCUGUUCGCCCAGCAGUGCGCAACAUGUAAAAAAUCUUAAUGCGAUGCAGUAUGAACAGCAAUACCCUGUAGCCGUUGACGCUAUCGUCCGACGUCACUAUGUAGAUGACAUGCUCACAAGUCUCGAGACAGAAGACGAAGCUAUACAACUCGCGCGAGACGUGAAAUGGAUCCAUGAUAAAGGCGGUUUUGAGAUAAGAAAUUGGAUCUCGAAUUCAUCACGAGUGCUUGAUGCUCUGCGAGAAGGAGUUACCGAGCAGAAAAGCCUUCGAUUAGGUUCCGAAACUGCAACUGAAAAGGUACUAGGAAUGUACUGGUGCACCACAUCAGACACCUUCACUUAUCGGCUCUCGACCCAACACGAUUCUGAGUUACUAAUGGGCGUACGACCACCAACGAAACGUGAAGCUCUACGAACCUUAAUGAGAGUAUAUGACCCCCUUGGUUUGAUUGGACACGUUCUUAUCUACUUGAAGGUACUGAUGCAGGAGGUGUGGAGAUCCCGCACCGGAUGGGAUGAUCCAAUCGACGAGAACUCGUACCGAAAGUGGCUUACAUGGAUAAAGAUCUUACCUUUAGUACAGGAAGUCCAAGUCCCUCGAUGUUUCAGAUCACGUAUAGUACUAUCAUCCUCAACGAAUAUUCAAUUACACACAUUCGUCGACGCCAGUGAGUCCGGGUUUGCGGCAACAGUUUUCCUGCGUUUUGAAGAAGCAGACAUCGUGGAGUGCUCAUUAAUUGGUGCCAAAACAAGGGUAGCACCUUUGAAAUUUUUAUCGAUCCCCAAAUCAGAAUUACAAUCAGCGGUACUGGGAGUCAGAUGGGCCGCAAGUAUGCAUAAAUCGCUUACUAUGAAUAUAUCAAAAAGGUUUUUUUGGACUGACUCGCGAAACUUGCUAUGCUGGCUUCACUCGGAUCAUCGUCGUUAUAAUCAGUUUGUCGCAUUUCGUAUCAGUGAGAUCCUCGAGGCUACAGACGUUAAUGAAUGGCGGUGGGUGCCUACAAAACAUAACGUGGCCGACGACGGAACUAAGUGUCAUCGUGAACCAGACAUUUCGACGAACAGCAGAUGGUUCAAGGGUCCCAAAUUUCUAUAUCGACCAGCUGCAGAGUGGCCGAAAAUGCCCUUCGACCUAGGAACUACUAGUGAGGAACUACGUUUGCAUCUCAUGCUUCACUGUAAAACCCCAGAACCGAUAAUUAUAAUCGAAAAUUUCUCCAGUUGGGUGCGUCUAUACCGAACAACAGCAUUUGUAUUACGAGCAAUCGAUGUAUUUAAGGCACUAGGAACCGGAAAGAUGGUGUCCAGAAAACAGCGCUCGUAUCAGCCACUGCAGCAAGCGGAACUGGAACGGGCACAAAACUAUCUAUAUCGCCAAGCUCAGAUGACUGCUUAUCCGGAUGAGUACACACUACUGAAUACCUCUUUGAAACCGCAGAUACAACUUCCUAAAACUAGUAAGCUAUUUAGAGAGUCACCUUACAUGGAUGAUAAUAAGGUCAUGAGAAUUCACGGGCGCAUAAACAGAUGUUUACACACUGACUUGCAAUCCAGAAAUCCGAUUAUCCUACCACCUGAUCACGUUAUCACACGUAUUAUCGCGCAACAUUACCAUUGUAGUCUCCUUCACCGUAAUCACGAAACAGCUCUGAAUAAACUACGUCUCAUUUAUUAUAUUCCGCGACUACGCGCAAUAUAUCGCAAAUUACGUGGAAAUUGUCAGCGCUGCAAAAUUGAUAGUGCCAUUCCAAGACCCCCUUCAAUGGGCGACCUACCGGAAGCCAGACUAGCAACCUUUACUAGACCGUUUUCUUAUGUCGGCGUAGAUUAUUUUGGUCCAAUGUUGACAUCUGUCGGACGCCGAACUGAAAAAAGGUGGGGAGUGUUAAUAACGUGCCUUACCGUUCGUGCUAUCCAUAUAGAGCUGGCUCAUUCUUUGAGCACAGAUUCAUGUAUUAUGGCACUGAGAUGUUUUAUGGCUAGACGAGGGGUGCCAAUAACAAUUUACAGUGACCAAGGGACUAACUUUCGAGGAGCCUCAAAGGAGCUCUCAAGUGAAUUAGAGAAAAUGGAUCGAAAUAAGCUUAUUGAAGGAAUUGUCUCCCCCCAAACGGCGUGGAAGUUUAUCCCCCCCGCCAGUCCGCAUAUGGGAGGUGCGUGGGAGAGAAUGAUUUACACAGUAAAAAAAAAUCUGCAGCAAAUGAGACUCGCACGAUUACCUAAUGACGAAGUGUUAAGGAACGCUUUAGCGGAAAUAGAGAACACCGUAAAUUCGAGACCUCUUACACACGUUCCAGUGGACGACGAGAUGGCAUCCGUCCUAACACCAAAUCAUUUCUUGUUGGGGUCAUCUGACGGAAUGAAGCCCCUUGCCGACUUCAACGACAGCGGUCUGGUCUUGAGGAGGAACUGGCAAAUGUCCCAGACGCUGGCCAACAUAUUUUGGCGUCGCUGGCUCAGUGACUAUUUGCCCACUUUAACGAGACGAACUAAGUGGUUUAAUCCGGUGAAGCCUAUAGCAGUGGAUGAUCUAGUCGUGAUUGUCGACCCUCAGGCUCCAAGAAAUACAUGGCCUAAAGGAAGAGUAGUCGAUGUAAGUCAUUCCAAAGACGGACAGGUAAGAUGGGCAUCGAUUCAAACGACUGGCGGUAUACUCGAACGACCAGCAGUUAAACUAGCUGUGCUCGAUGUAGGCGUUCAUAAUAGUAAGGCUCCGGUUACCCUUCGCCCUACUCCGGGAGGGAGUGUUGAUAGCGCUACCUCGAGUUAUAUGCGUCUUGGAAAGCAUACUUCGCGACAACACCGAGAUUGUGGUCUAACUAGAGCAACGACUGGAAACAAUGACAUUAGAAGAAUGCAAGGAACAAAAGUAGAUGGUAGGAACGUUUACAGAACGCUCGUGUGA